GACCGUCCGCGAGUCCGGGUCGGUCAGAUCUAACGGUCCCGAAAUUUUAAUCUCCUUCGUUUUCGUGGGAUCUCGCGCAGCGUUGGCUUUGUAGCGGUGGAAGCCAUUGCUUCCUUUUCCAUUACAAAGGAAGGAGAAGCAGAGAUCCACGUCUUCCGCGCCUCCAUUCCCGAGUUGCGUCUUGGACGUCUCGGCGAUCGUACCGAAUCGGGCGGGUUGUGUGCUCUUCGAUUAGGGGAGUGCGCUGUCUAGAUCCGGUUUACCUGACCCUACGGCGACUCGACUCGUUUCGGUAGCGCUUUCACCGGAGUUCCCCCUUCCCCUGGAUGGACUCCGAGCGUCUCGAUUCUCAUAUCUCCCUCCCUCUCUCCUGAAGGAAGUUCUCUCCUCUCCUUCGGGGUAUCGCCAGACUUUCUUAGUUCUUGUGAGGUCCUUUCUCUUUUCGUCAUCGUGAGGGUUUUGAGGUUUUAGCUUCGGCGAGGCCUUAUAGGGGUUUUGUUUUCUUCGCGUUUCAUAGGUCUUGGCUGGGGAAUCGGCCGAAUUUUGAGUUAAACUUCGUUUCUGUUCAUUGCGGGACGGUUUUGGGAAGGAAUUGGAGCGGCAUUGGGGUUGUCUUGGCGGGGGAUGCAUUGGGAAGCCUGGGAGUCGGAUGAACAAAUUCCUCGUGGAAUGAUCGGGCAAUUGGGGAUGAUGAUCAGUCUCUCUGCUUCUAUGAUUCUCUUUGUUUGCAGAGAAAGAAUGGAGUCGAGUAUUACGUUUGCGAUUUUACUUGGUGAAGGAGUUAUCUGAAUGAGAUCUUCUUCGCUGUGAUCGUCCGUGAUCUUUCGGUUGCAUAAUUUUCUUAUCUCGCCCUUCGUCCUCGUGGUGAAUUAGCACGCUUCAGUAUGGCGCAGAACAAUUGGGAAGCCGAUAAAAUGCUGGAUGUCUACAUCUAUGACUAUCUUUUGAAGAGAAAUCUGCAAAAUUCUGCUAAAGCUUUUAUGGCAGAGGGGAAGGUUGCUGCUGAUCCCGUAGCAAUUGAUGCACCUGGUGGUUUUUUAUUUGAAUGGUGGUCUGUCUUUUGGGACAUCUUCAUUGCAAGGACGAAUGAAAAACAUUCAGACGUUGCUGCUGCAUAUAUAGAGGCACAACAAGUGAAAGCUCGGGAGCAUCAACAGCAAAUGCAGAUGCAGCAGUUACAAAUUAUGCAGCAAAGACAAGCACAAUUACAGCGAAGAGAUGCUGGUCAUCCUUCAUUCACAGGCUCCGUAAAUGGUAUGGGUUCAGAAAGCCUGUUGGGGCAGUCCACAGCCAGUGUCCUGGCUGCCAAGAUGUAUGAAGAACGUAUGAAACACCCAAACUCCAUGGAUCCAGAGUCAUCUUCCCAGCUUGAUGCAAAUAGAAUGGCCCUUCUAAAAUCAUCGACCAAUCAAGGCCAGUUGGUCCAAGGAACACCUGGUAAUCUGUCUGCUACCCUGCAACAGAUUCAAGCACAAACACAACAGAUGCCUGAUAUGAAAAGUGAUGCCAAUUUAAUUGCAAGUCAAAGACCUUUACCAAUGGAUGCAUCCAUAUAUGCACCGAGGCUUCUGCAUUCAAAAGCUGGACUUGGUAGCCCAGGACUUAAUGAGGGUGCUAGCGGUCUCCCGUUAAAGGGUUGGCCGUUAACUGUAACUGGGCUUGAUCAACUUCGUCCAAACCUUGGUCAGCAGAAAUCCUUCAUACAAACACCAAACCAGUUUCAACUUUUGACAGCACAGCAACAACAUCAGCUUUUAGCACAAGCCCAAGUUCAUGGAAAUAUAGGACCAGCAGGUUCAGCGAAUUUCAGUGACAUGGAUCCUCGGAGGUUUAGGAUGUCACAGCGAUCUGGAUUGAAUGGAAAAGAUGGGCAGUCUGCAAAUGAAGGAUCCAUAGGCUCUUCCAUUGGUUCACCAAAGAUCAGAGCUCCUUCACAGGAUCAAGCAGAACUUCUCAUGAAGAUGAACAUGGAUCAGAUGCAGCAUUCUUCAGCACAACAGCAACAAUCUGGCCAGUUGCAGCUACAGCAAUUGCAGCAGAGCAACAGGAAAAGAAAGCAGCAUUCAUCUUCUGGAGCUGUGAAUAGUACUGGCACUGGAAAUACUGCUGGCCCAUCCCCAACUUCUGCACCAUCAACUCCAUCAACCCACACACCUGGUGAUGGAUUGCCUGUGGCUGGAAGUAUGCAUGUCAAUAGUAUGUGUAGAAGUACAAUCAUGUGUGGUGCAGAUGGACCUGGUGGACUUGCAUCUUCUUCAAAUCAGCUGGAAGACAUGGAACACUUCGGAGAUGGCUGCUUGGAGGACAAUGUAGAAUCAUUUUUAUCUCCUCAUGAUGAUGCAGAUCCAAGCUUAUUUGGUACACUAAAGAGGAGUCCUAUGGACCACAAUGCAGAUUCUUCGAAAGGUUUUACAUUCCUUGAGGUUGGUUGUCUGCGUUCUAGUUCUAACAAAGUUGUCUGCUGCCAUUUUUCAUCUGAUGGGAAAUUGUUGGCUAGUGCUGGGCAUGAGAAGAAGGUUGUCCUAUGGAACAUGGACACCUUGAAAACGGAGAGUACUCCUGAAGAACAUGAUCACUUGAUUACAGAUAUUCGGUUCAAACCUGGUUCAUCUCACCUGGCUACAUCUUCCUUUGACAGGACAGUGCGACUAUGGAAUGCUGCUGAUCCAAACUAUUGUCUACAUGUAUAUACUGGGCAUGGAUCCCCAGUCAUGUCGCUGGAUUUUCAUCCAAAGAAGACAGAUAUUUUGUGUUCUUGUGAAGGCAAUGGUGAAAUUCGUUUGUGGAGCAGCAACCAAUUCGUGUGUACACGUGUUUCCAAGCAUCGUGCAACUGCACAAGUGCGAUUUCAACCGAGAGUUGGGCAACUUCUAGCUGCAGCAGAUGAAAAUGUUGUAUCCAUUUUUGAUUUCGAGGCAGACAGAAGGAUACAUGCACUAGAGGGUCACACCAAAGAGGUACACUCUGUCUGCUGGGAUGCUAAUGGGGACUAUCUUGCUUCUGUAAGUGAGGAUUCUGUCAGGGUGUGGUCCUUAGCAUCUGGUGGUGAAUGCAUACAUGAGCUCAGCUCCAAUGGGAACAAGUUCCAUUCUUGUGUUUUCCAUCCAGCAUAUCCCACACUCCUUGUAAUUGGUGGAUAUCAGUCGUUGGAGCUCUGGAACAUGGUGGAUAACAAGACCAUGACGGUGGCAGCCCAUGAAGGCCUGAUAGCAGCAUUGGCGCAGUCACCUGCCACAGGUAUGGUUGCAUCUGCCAGCCAUGACAAGUGUGUGAAAAUCUGGAAAUAAGUAGUUGUGUAAGCUGAAUUGGUUUAAUCCAUUCUUCAACCGGGUGUGUCAAAAUGGCUGUUCCCCAUGCUUCGUGGCUAUUUAAUGCAAUGCAAAUAAAUCCGUCAUUUGCCUUUUUUUA